UACAACAGCUUUUCAGAUAUUGGCUGAGGAGCAGGUUUUGCCGGUUUUCUUAUUUUUUUUAAUACAUGGAGCCUGUCUCGCGUUGUAUGGGUAACUGCCUGUGGGGAGGAUGCCGGAGAGAUGCAGUCUGACGACUGACCGGCUGCUGUUGCUAAAAACUAGUCACAGUACGUCGCAAGGGAACUGUAGUUAAGAGAUGAAUGGCCGCAGCAUUGAUAAAUAUGCUGCCUAGUGUUCCUGCAAAGCCAUGAUGCUCUAAGAAAUACUUCUCUCACGAGUGAUGCUCUGCCAGCCCUUGGCCAAAAUGAGUAUUAUCAACAGUCCCCUGAAUUCUGAGGGAACUCUUAGUUUGGAAAUGGAUUAUUCAUCAUGGAAUACCUGCUUAAUACUUAUUGGUGCCAGUUGUCUGGGAUACAUGUUUCUUUUUGUGUUAUGCCAUCUAGUGUCCAUUCUUAUAUCGGCUACUUAUUGUUCUCUAUGUCCCAAAGAAAAAGUAUUUUGGGAUCUAGCAGCCACACGUGCAGUAUUUGGUAUACAUUGCAUUUAUGCUGGGCUGAGAGCUUUACUAGUCGACCCAGUACUGACUGCUGACACAAUCACUGGUCAGCAGAGUUGGUCCCAGUUAACUAUACUAAUAGCAGUUGGUUUUUUUCUGUUUGAAAAUCUUGCUCUUCACCUUUCUAAUUUUAUAUUUUGGACAUGUGAUAUUUUACUAGCAGUUCAUCACUUUUUUGCUUUUCUUGGCUUUUUGGGUGCUGUGCUAUAUAGCAUUGGUGGACAUUAUUUGGCUAUGCUGACAUUGUUACUGGAAAUGAGCACACCAUUUACCUGCAUUUCCUGGAUGCUGCUUAAGGCUGGUUGUUCAGAUACCUUAUUUUGGAAAGUUAAUCAAUGGAUAAUGAUUCAUAUGUUCCACUGCCGCAUGGUCCUCACUUACCACCUGUGGUGGGUAUGUUUGUACAACUGGGAUCGUUUCAAAAACUCUCUUCCCUUUGUAUAUAUAGCAUUCUUUUUUACUGGACUGGCAAUUCUAACAAUAAUAUUAAACCCUUAUUGGACUCAUAAGAAGACACAACAACUCUUGACCCCAGUUGACUGGAACUUUAAGGGGACAUCAGUGAAAUCCAGUUCAUUGAAAGCAAAUGGAAGGAUUAAACGUCACAAGAAGAAACAGUAAAAAAAAAAAAUACCCAAAACAAAACUUUUUUUCAUAGCUAUUAUAUUGUUUUUCUCUUCACUCAGACCAAAAGUAUUGAUGUAUGGAAUAACCUUAUUGUAAAUAUUCUUAUCAACAGUAUUACUGUUUUGAGGUAACCCUUUAAAUUACCAAUUAACUUGAAAUCAAAGGUGACAGUUUUACUAAAAAAUGCUUUGACACUGGUAUGUACAUGUUGAUUCAGACAAAGUACAUACAUGUAAAGUAGGUCUAUAAUCACUGUGUAGGACCAUCUUUUUAUUUAACACAAUGAAAUCUUACUAAAGCUUAGAGUGAGAGUGUUAGUACCCUUCUCUAUUUACCCUAUUUACCAUAGGGUGAAACUAGAGUUCACUAUAUCCACGGCUUUCCUGCAGUUUUGGUCAUCUGUGCGUGUGGCUGACCAAAUAUGCUGGGAACCGCACUUUUAAAUAUCUUUAAAAGUCGGCAAUUCAGAACUCUUUAUGGGGGGGAAGCUAUAGUGAAUGGGGCUGGAUGGGCAUUGAUAGUCACUAGAUAUUUGUCUAUUGCCCCAGUCCAAGAAACUCCAGUUUUAAAGAGUUGCAGAUCAGAAUUCUAUAGAAUCUGUUAUUCCUAAUAAGUUACAUUUACUUCAGUAUGUUUUGGGCAUUGCAGUAUGAAAUAUUUAUGUAUACAUAGAAAGUAGAGAAAAAGGGCUGACCAGAGAUGAAUACUAGUGUGCUAUGUUCCUUAGCAUUUUUAACUGGUGUUUAACAAGCCUCAUUUAUUUAAUUUCACUACAACAUAUCCUUUCAUAUAUUUGUGGCGUUCUUAGUUUGGGAAAUAAAGCAUUAUUUCCCGCACCUCUUUGCUGGUUGGGAAAGUGCAGGAGAGCAUCACCAAAAAAGCACAAUACGCUAUCAUCCUCAUGUAAAACUUAAGGUGGCCAUACACGAGCAGAUCCGCUCGCUUGGCGAUGUCGCCAAGCGAGCGGAUCUUCCCCCGAUAUC